AUUAUUGCAGAAACACUUGUGGUUGCACAAAAUCGGAAAAGGAGUUCACAAACCGUCUUGAGUUCCGUGAGAAGCGUGAUCGCAAAGAAACGAUCAUAAUUGAGGACAGUGCCAACUUGCGUAUUACAAAGGCCGGCGUGAUUACUCAGUGGUCGGUGUAUUCUGAAGCUGGGGGUGAAGUCUAUUUCCAAGUAUGGAGACCAACUGGCUCAACUGGACAGUUUACUCUUAUAGGGGAAAACUAUGUUAAUGUGAAACAACAUAGAAUUAACAGAUUUGAUAUUGCAUCAAAUUCCAGAAUUAAGGUUAACGUUGGUGACGUUGUCGGAAUAUAUGAGCCAACCGAGCCCACACCAGUUCCUUACACAGAUUGCCCCACGGCCACCGAGCAAAACCCUAUGGGAUACUCAAACGCUGC